UGCCCCCGCCUCCAACCCCCGCUCUGUCUGCCCAACACGCAGGCGCAUCUCCUCAAGUCUGGUCCCUACCCCCUCCUCUUUCUCGUCAGUCAGUUCCCCCUCCUCUUCCAGCAGCUCCGCAGGUUCAAACUCUUCUCCCAGAGAGUGGCGGCGAUAGAGAGGUCACGUGAUGAGCAUCCUGCUGCCCAACAUGGCGGAGUUCGACACCAUCUCAGAACUGGAGGAGGAGGAAGAAGAAGCAGCAACGUCGUCGUCACCGUCGUCGUCCUCGUCGUCGUCGGUAUCUGGACCCGAAGAUGACGAUGAAGAUGAGGAGGAGGAGGAGGAGGAAGAGGAGGAGGAGGAGGAAGAAGAGGAAGAAGAAGAGGAGGAGGAGGUGCCGCCUCCGCCGCGGGUAGUGAGCGAGGAGCAUCUGCGGAGAUUUGCCCCCGACCCUGUGUUAGUGCGCGGCGCCGGCCACAUCACUGUGUUUGGCUUGAGCAACAAGUUUGAUACUGAAUUUCCCUCAGUUCUAACUGGGAAGGUGGCUCCAGAAGAAUUUAAGACCAGCAUUGGCCGUGUGAAUGCAUGUUUGAAAAAGGCUCUCCCAGUCAAUGUGAAAUGGCUGCUGUGUGGAUGUCUCUGCUGCUGUUGCACGCUGGGAUGCAGCCUGUGGCCUGUCAUUUGUCUCAACAAAAGAACCAGAAGAUCAAUUCAGAAGUUAUUAGAAUGGGAAAAUAACAGAUUAUAUCACAAGCUUGCUUUGCACUGGAAGUUGACUAAAAGGAAAUGCGAGACUAGCAAUAUGAUGGAAUAUGUAAUACUCAUAGAAUUCUUACCAAAAUAUCCCAUAUUCCGACCUGACUGAGGAGUUUUAUUCGGUCACUUCUGUGUUAUCUGUCAUUUCCUACCCUUAGUGCCUUGUAGAUGAUUUUGGAAUGGAGAUGGUCUCCUUUGCUGUAUUCAGUUUAUUCUUUAUAAUGGUAGAAUCUUCUUCUCACAUUUUUAUUUGUGUUGAUUUAAGAAGAAAAUUUGCACAUCUUUUUGGUUAUAAAGGCUUGUGUUUUGCAUUCUCAAUUUUUAAAUAAAUACAACACAUAUACACGUAUAUAUAGUUGCCACUAAAAUAAACAUCAGUGCUGGUGUUUUAAAACAAAACAAAAGAAAACAAAAACCUUGUUCUGAGCAUGCUGCCUUAUAAUUUUCAUACUCACUGUUUCUAAAUUUGCAUCAUUUUUCUAGGCUAUUUAAUGCUCUGUAAUCCCUUACCAGACACACUUAAAUAGGCUUUUGGUAGCUUUUCGAAAUGGUUUUACUCUGCUUUUAAAGGACAUGCAAUUAAUAGCACUGGUUUCGUCCUGCGCUUUGCUAAAUCGUCUCUUAUGUUAGUGGAUAAAAUAUUUAAACCCCUAAAUACUUGUAAAUACUGUCUCUUUGCAUAAUAAUGUAAAAUGUGUUAUGCCAUGUUUUACAGAAUGUAUUAUUAUUAAUGUAUUGCCAACAAUUCCGCAUAGAUUUUAAUAUGAAUGAAGUUUGCAAGCAUCCUUUUGAAUGUAGAGACCUUUAACAUGCUGUUCUAUGGCAAAGCCAAAAUGAGUAUGUUAAAUUUUCAGGUGUAGGGCAGGGCUGCCCUUCCUAACAAGUGGAUUAAAGUUGAGAUCAUCACCUCAGACAUUGUGCAUUACACCUGAAACCAACAACCUUAUUUUUCUCAUUUAAUUCAGUAUUUUCCAUUUAUCCUCCACCCCACCCCCAAAAAUAUUUGACAUCUGACAUAUUCGUCAGCCUCAUUGUCACUCACUUCUUUCCCUUUAUGUGUCCUUCCCAUCCUUUCAAAAUUCCCACAGUUAGGAUCUUUAAAUAUCUUAAGAUUUCACCUCUUGGGAGGUCUGGAGACCUCUGUGAAAGCCACAGCUGAUCCUCUUCUGAAGCUCAGAUGCUCCAUUUUGAGAAAGAGCGCUAAGUGAGGAACUGUACCUGAAGACUAUGGAGUGGUCCAGUCGGUUACAAAAUAUGCACUUCCUUCUGGCUGAGGAUCUUUUUUUAAACAUUUGGACAUUAUUAAUGAGGAAGGACAUAUAGAAUUUAGAUAGAAGUGUUUUAGUUUUUAAAUUGACCACACAUGUAGCUGUUUGAUUGCUGUGUGCAUCAUUCUCUAUUUCUUUUCACAAUUAAAAUGAGUGAGGUGACCACUCUGGUUCUCCUACAAUUUGAAAUUUUAAUAUAACAAAAGUUUCAUAUCAUAUUAAUUCAACUGUAAGUGUAUGCCUGUAUAUGGGCAUUGUUUCUAAUUCAUAAUGCUUAAAAAAUUAAAGUGACUGGGACUGAAUUAUAUUGUUUGUCCUCUUACUGCUUUUAAGUAAGUAUGGAGGGCAACCAUUCAUCCCAGUGAAAAGAACAAUCAUUUCUUCACACAAGGCCAAGCUUUUUUAAGCCAUUUUUUAAAAGUUAUGCCUAAUUUGAAAUCCUUAGUCCUUGACCAGUAGAAGGAAGAAAGACAUACUAUUUGAUAUGUGAUUAUAUUGGUUUGCACAAACACUUUUGGAGCCCAGUUACCCCCAUGCCAUUCAGCCACCUCAGAUCUCUAAGUUCUAAUACAUUAUGUAUGUCCACAAAUACCAUAUAUCUGCCUGCUGCAAGACUGAAGGUGUAUUUUUAUAGACAAAAAGGAAGCCUCUGAAAAUGCAUUCCGACCGUCUUGUUUUAUAGCUAAGGUCAGGGAAAAAUUGUAUCUAUGAUUUAUGUUCCAGUGAAUGUCAUCAAAUUUAUGCUUCAAACUGUGAUGUUUUAAUAUGAAAAUUGAUUUCCAUCAUAAUACAGAAUUAAUUCUCCCUGAUAGGAUAAUUAUCUGUAAAUGUCAGUCCUCAAAAAUCUUCCUUUUUUAAUGUAACCUUAGCGUUUGACCAAAUGGUGAUCAUAUUCUUUCUCUGCCAUGUUUAAAUCACACUUCACCGUGUUCAAAAACCAACAGGAAGUGUAGUGAAUUGUUUCCAUGAAACAAAUAUUAAGUUAGGAAUAGAUUGUAUCUGGAGGUGACCAAGUAUAAUUCAAGCUACAACAGUAUUUGUCAUUGAAACCAUUAGCCACAAUAUAUAAAUUCAAUUUUAGCUACUCACUAUUCACAGUUUCUUGAGCUACCCAGAAAACAAUCAAGUUUCUUCUUUUUUUCCUUUGCCAUUCAUUCUUAGGUGACUGCUUUGUCAAACUCUUUUCCCUUGAAGAAGGGUGAUUAAAAAUUGGAUAUUUGGAGUGGGGAAGGGAAAUUUUUCAUUGAAAAACAACAGCAAAUCCUGAAGUGUCAGAGUAUAUCAGAGUGUACCUUGGUCAUUAAUUCCUCCCCCAUCAAACGUUUUUUUCUUUGAUCCUCAGGAUAGAAUAUAAGCUUGUAUUUUUCCAUUUGGGUUAGCAAAGUAUUUUUGUGAAAGUUAUUUUUUUAUUGAAAAACUCAAAUUUUAAUUCCUUUGUUACAUAAUAUUCCUUUAUUAAAAUUGUCGUGGUAGUUUCCAGAGGAAAAAAUAUUUUAAAAUAAAAUAUAUUUGCCAAAGCAUGUAAAUCUCACAGGCUUUGAGGUUGCAGAUUUAAAAAAAAUUUUUUUUAAGUCACAUUCUGAAAAUUUAAGCAUGAUGGUUCACACCUUUAAUGCCAAAAUUUAGUAGGAUGAGGCAGGAAAUUUUCAGUGAGUUUGAAGCCAGUCUGUGCUACAUGAAUUCAAAGACAGCCUGGGCUACAGAAAGAGCCCUGUCU